CCCUUGUUUCUGCACGAUCGUGCUCAAUUCCAAUGCACACAUCGAGCGGAGCAUAAGCUUUCUCCAGCCACGCCGAUAAUUCGCUCAGGGACAUUACUACAAUAUUACUACUACCAAGGAUAUUUUUUUCGGGAAUAACACUUGAUCGUAUACACGGGUAGGCUAAACUACAGACAUAGCUGGACUGCAUUAUGGUAUUAAUACAAGAAGUGUGGAAAUAUCAAACGUCUUGACUUCAAAAAGUAUUUGGAUUAUUCCCGACGGACCCCGUGAAACGGACUUACAUUUCCCUGCGUAAUCAUAAUAGCAAACAUCAUCGGGGAUAUUUACUGAAUGGUUGUUGGGAUUGCCAAAUGCGAAGUUUAAGGUUUGGACAACGUUUGCCCUUUCCCGUUUCUUGCAUAAACCCAUUGAAAAUUAUUGAAAAGGAGAGGGCACCUAGAUUGCACAAAGCUUCUCAUACCUCCUUCAUAUUGAUAUUUGUCUUGUUGGUUUUAUGGAGGUAACUCUGGGUUUGGGUGCCAAACGCGGUUAGACUGGGUGCGUGGAGCUUCGGAACACCGGAUUGUAAUUCCUCCCUCCCGCUCUCCCCUGGGUUUAUUUCAUGUCCGGACUGACCGCUUUAUGACAAUGGAUUACUUUCUGGGUUUAUGCAGCCUCUUGCUUGCCAUGGCGUCAGCUGUUGAAGAAACAUUAAUGGACACCAAGUGGGCCACAACAGAACUAGCCUGGACCGCACAUCCUGAAACUGGGUGGGAGGAGGUGAGCGGCUACGACGAUGCAAUGAACCCCAUCCGGACGUACCAGGUGUGCAACGUGCGGGAGAGCAAUCAGAACAACUGGCUGCGCAGUGACUUCAUCCCACGCAAAGAUGUCCUCCGAGUCUACGUGGAGAUGAAGUUCACAGUGCGCGACUGCAACAGCAUCCCCAACAUCCCCGGCUCCUGCAAGGAGACCUUCAACCUUUUCUACUAUGAGUCCGACUCAGACUCGGCCACGGAGACAAGUCCAUUCUGGAUGGAGAACCCCUAUGUGAAGGUGGACACCAUCGCACCCGAUGAGAGUUUCUCCAUGUUGGAGUCGGGAAGGGUGAACACAAAAGUGCGGAGCUUCGGACCUCUAUCCAAGGUUGGGUUUUACCUGGCAUUCCAGGACCUGGGGGCUUGUAUGUCAUUGAUAUCUGUCCGGGUCUUCUAUAAGAAGUGCUCAACCACCAUUGCGAACUUCGCCGUGUUCCCCGAGACGGCCACAGGGGCCGAGGCCACGUCGCUGGUCAUCGCGCCAGGGACAUGCGUCUCUAACGCUCUCGAGGUGUCUGUGCCUCUCAAGCUGUACUGCAAUGGGGACGGCGAGUGGAUGGUUCCUGUCGGCUCGUGCACCUGUGCAAAUGGGUUCGAGCCCGCCAUGAAGGACACCCAGUGUCAGGGUGAGUGUGACAUCAAGGACACACAAUGUCAGGCUUGCAGCCCGGGCACGUUCAAAUCCAAGCAGGGUGAGGGCUUCUGUACUCCCUGCCCACCAAACAGCCGGACCAGCUCUGGAGCAGCUAGCUUGUGCUCCUGCAGAAACGGCUACUACCGCUCAGACACAGACUCACCUGACAAUGCCUGCACCACCAUCCCCUCUGCACCGCGCAGCGUCAUCUCCAACGUCAAUGAGACCUCCCUGGUCCUGGAGUGGAGCGAGCCGCGCGACUCUGGCGGUCGAGGUGACAUCUUCUACAACAUCAUCUGCAAAAAGUGCCUGCCUGAGCGUGGCAUGUGCUCGCGCUGCGACGACAACGUGGACAUCUCGCCGCGCCACCUGGGCCUGACGCAGCGUCGUGUGGCGGUCCGCAACCUGCAGGCACACACCCAGUACAGCUUUGAGAUCCAGGCCGUCAACGGCGUGUCGAAUAAGAGCCCAUACACGCCGCAGUUCUCCGCCGUCAACAUCACCACCAACCAGGCUGCUCCAUCUGCAGUACCCACAGUUCACCUGAUGGGGGCCACAGCGAGCACCAUGAGUCUUUCCUGGCUGCCCCCUGAAAAACCCAAUGGAAUUAUUCUGGAUUACGAGAUUAAGUACCAUGAGAAGGACCAGGGUGAGGCCAUCGCCCACACCAUGACAGCCCAAAGGAGCUCUGCCCGCAUCGAGGGGCUCAAGACGGGCACGCCCUAUGUGGUCCAGGUCCGAGCCCGCACAGUGGCUGGGUACGGCCGCUAUAGCAGCCCCGCCGACUUCAGCACCAACCUAAAAAGUGACCCCGAGAAGUCUCUUCAGGAGCAGCUGCCCCUUAUUGUUGGUUCUGCCACCGCAAGUCUAGUCUUCAUUAUCGCUGUCGUCGUCAUUGCCAUCGUCUGCCUCAGGAAGCAGAGGAAUGGCUCCGAGUCAGAGUACACAGAGAAACUGCAGCAGUACAAAUCCCCUAUAGUUACACCUGGAAUGAAGGUCUAUAUUGACCCCUUCACCUACGAGGACCCCAAUGAGGCCAUCCGCGAGUUUGCCAAGGAGAUUGACAUCUCCUGCGUGAAGAUCGAGGAAGUCAUUGGCGCAGGUAACCAACAAAAGCUCCUGAGCUACAGGGGGAAGAAUGCUAGUCACCUCCAGGCCAUACCGUUAGAGGACUUCACGCCAAGCGGAGAGUUUGGGGAGGUGUGUCGCGGGCGUUGCAAGCUACCCGGCCGACGUGAGAUCAUUGUGGCUAUCAAGACACUCAAGGUGGGCUACACUGACCGGCAGAGGCGGGACUUCCUGAGUGAAGCAAGCAUCAUGGGACAGUUCGACCACCCCAACAUCAUUCGACUGGAGGGCGUGGUCACCAAGAGCCGGCCAGUCAUGAUCGUCACAGAGUUUAUGGAGAACGGGGCGCUAGACUCCUUCUUGAGGCUCAACGACGGGCAGUUCACAGUGAUCCAGCUUGUGGGGAUGCUGCGUGGCAUCGCGGCGGGCAUGAAGUAUCUGUCUGAUAUGAACUACGUCCACCGGGACCUGGCUGCACGCAACAUCCUGGUCAACAGCAACCUGGUGUGUAAGGUGUCUGACUUCGGCCUGUCGCGCUUCCUCGAAGAUGACGCCACGGACCCCACCUAUACCAGCUCACUGGGAGGCAAGAUUCCUAUUCGCUGGACGGCCCCAGAAGCCAUCGCCUACAGGAAGUUCACCUCGGCCAGUGAUGUGUGGAGCUACGGCAUCGUCAUGUGGGAAGUGAUGUCGUACGGAGAGCGGCCAUAUUGGGACAUGAGCAACCAGGACGUGAUAAACGCCGUGGAGCAGGACUACCGGCUGCCCCCGCCCAUGGACUGCCCCACAGCACUGCACCAGCUCAUGCUCGACUGCUGGGUCAAGGAAAGGAACCUUCGUCCUAAAUUCUCCCAGAUCGUUGCAACGCUGGACAAGCUCAUCCGCAAUGCCGCCAGCCUCAAGGUGGUCACCAGCAGCACGCAAUCUUCUGGGGCAUCGCAGCCUCUGCUCGACCGAUGCGUCCCUGACUACACCACCUUCACCACCGUGGGAGACUGGCUGGAUGCCAUCAAGAUGAGCCGCUAUCGCGACAACUUCCUCAAUGCCGGCUUUGCCUCCUUCGAUCUCGUGGCCCAGAUGACAGCAGAAGACCUUCUUCGGAUAGGAGUGACAUUGGCCGGCCACCAGAAGAAGAUUCUAGGCAGCAUUCAGGACAUGAGACUACAGAUGAACCAAACACUGCCUGUCCAGGUCUGAGAUGGACCAACAGACAGACAGAAUGGGGAGGAACUGUGCCAGAGAGAGAGCCAAUAGGAAACCCUAGCUGCCUGACCAUCUCUGCCAAUCAGACGAGAUCAAAACUGGCUUGCAGUGUCUCGAACUUGUGUUUAUCUUAUUUUUCUUCCACGCCAUCAUUUUAUGUUUGUGUUCCACAUUAUUAGUCCAAUGUUUUUCCAUUCGAUAAGACUUUAAACAGGAUUAUUUUGUAAAAAAACAAAUGUCUAUAGACAAGACAGAGAACCCAUAACCCAUGCGUGCCUCACUUGUUUCAGUGUGGGGUGAUGUUUGCAUGCGUGCGUGUGUGUUUGUGAGGUUGGCCAGGACUUAAACCCUCCCCUCCCACCUCUUGUAUCCUGAACUUAGUCUUCCUCCUGUGAAAAUCUAUCUCCUUGAACCUUGACCCUACCCCAACAUCUGUCGAAAGCCCCCUGACGAACAUUACAGUUGUAAAAGGAUGAACACGGAGUAUAAAGUGUUUCAAAAAGCAGGAAACGUGAACGAGCGUUUGCACACAAAAAAAGUGUUUGGACACCAAGAUGAUAAAUGAAAACGAUAGAAAUUGUUUUCUUGUUGGUGUGUGUGUUAUUCCCCAUCUUCAUAUUGAAGGUGUAUUAUUAUGUACAAGGGCACAUGCCUAAGAAGGACGUGGAGGAACAGGGCAAAUCAGAGGGUCACAGAGGUCAAAUGAGAGCUGCUGGAGCUGGCCACAUUAGUUUGGCUUAACCAGGUAUGGAACCAACCUUUUUCUAAAACCUGGGGGAACUCACACUCAGGAUGUUCUCAAAGUUUGGGACCAUUGGUUCAUUUUGUGUCAUCAAUUGUGUUUUUCUUACUAUAAGAAUUGCUGUUAAUUUGUUUACAUCAGCCUUCCAUUUAUGUUUUUCUGUUCCAUCACUUUGGGGAGAUUUGUGUUUCAAGAUGGCUGGUCAGUGCUAAGUACUCCUGUUGGACGCUUUGUGUGAUGGAGGAGGGAGGAGCUAGGCGAGGACUGUGGCAACUCAAUACAAAGACCGACCAGCCUUUUGUGUGUGCUUGUGUUUGUGCGUGAGUAUGUAUGUGUGUUUGUGUGUAUGCGAAUGUAUGAGUGUAACAAAAUACUGUACAAUACAGCUUCAGCUACAUCACCACCAUGGAGAAUUAACGCAUGAACUGAACAGUGACAAGAAGCAACAAAUAUAUCGGAAACAAUUACACUAUAUUCUGUGGACAACUGUUAACAUUUUUUUAUUGAAAUCCAAACAUUUGGAAAUAUAUAUGCAUCGUACAAAAACUAAGGGCAACCACGAAAGACACCGUAACUUUCUUUUUACUAAUACCUGGAUAAAUAAUGUAUCUAAAACUUUAGCUAAAUUUCUAUACUUCCACCCAGUGUAUUUAUUUUUCUCCCCACUUGGACAAGAGGCCAUUCGAACUGUGGACUUAUUCUAAAGAACAAUCAAGAGGAAACGAAAAGACCCAAGAGGAUUCGGCAAAUUAUUGAUUAUUAUAAAAAUGUGCAUAUGAAAUUGGAUAAUGUAUUUUUGUUGUUGUUCUAAACAGCCUGUAAUGUUUUGUAACAAAAAAUAAGAUAAAUAACAUGAAAACAAAA